AUGAGUGGAAGUGGACAACAUCGUUUACCUGUAGUUUGUCAUCGUAUCAAAUACUCACCAUCGAAUGGAGUAGCCACAGGUGAUCGCUAUGGCGAACCAGUAGAAUGUCUAAAUCAAACCGAGGGUGGUCGAGAUAAGCUUCUUGCAAAAGUUGGUAGCAAAAUGAACGCAAUGGAGCAGAAACUAGCCGAAGCUCUUCAUUUGGGCAACAGCGGCAAUGAGGCUGCCGCAAUUACGCCGCCUCCUCUUCGUCCGGUUUAUCGCGACCGACCACCACUCUCUAAUCUUACUCUAAAAGACAUGGCUGACGUAGAGCACAAGACUGAAGAGGCGGGCGACACCGUGCCUGAAGUCAAGAAUAUUAUACGACGCCCGACACUAACCAGAAAAAUGACUGUUGAAGAAGAACAUAUGGGAGAGUACUUUGUACAGGAUCAGAAACUCGAAGAUGUUGCGACGACGCACCUUGAGCAUCUGUGCCGUCUCGACAUCCGCGAGCCACCACAUCUAGUCCGAAAAACCGGAAUCAUCUGUACGAUUGGUCCAGCAUGUCGCUCCGUGGAGAUGCUCCAACGUAUGAUACAAAAUGGAAUGAAUAUCGCCAGAUUGAAUUUCUCCCAUGGAACACAUGAGUACCAUGGAGAAACAAUAGCCAAUAUUCGUGAAGCGUGCGAAUCCUUCAGCGAUGUUCGCCAAAUUGGAAUUGCCUUAGAUACUAAGGGUCCCGAGAUCCGUACCGGUCUUUUGAAGGGAGGAGCAACUGCCGAGAUCGAAUUGGUGAAAGGGGGAUCUAUACGUCUUACCACUGAUCCCAAAUUCAAGGAAUCUGGAACAUCAAUCAACCUUUUUGUAGACUACAAGAAUAUUGCCAAAGUUGUCGACAAAGGAUCUCGUGUUUACGUCGACGAUGGUCUGAUCUCGCUGAUAGUUGACGAAAUUCAUGAUGAUGCUAUCGUUUGCACUGUUGAGAACGGUGGAAUGCUUGGUAGCCGUAAGGGGGUUAAUCUUCCCGGAACAAUUGUUGAUCUUCCUGCGGUUUCCGACAAGGAUAUUCAGGACUUGAAAUUUGGCGUUGAAUUUGGUGUGGAUAUGAUCUUCGCUUCUUUUAUCCGUAACGCGGAAGGGGUUAGAACCAUUAGAAAGGUGUUGGGAGAAAAAGGGAAAUAUAUCAAAAUCAUUUCCAAAAUCGAAAACCAAGAGGGUGUUGACAAAGCUGAUGAGAUUAUUGAAGAAUCGGAUGGAAUUAUGGUUGCAAGAGGAGACCUUGGUAUCGAAAUACCUGCCGAGAAAGUGUUCCUUGCACAAAAGAUGCUUAUUGCAAAAUGCAAUCGUUCUGGAAAACCUGUCAUUUGUGCAACUCAAAUGCUCGAAUCGAUGGUUAAGAAACCUCGACCAACUCGAGCUGAGGGAAGUGACGUGGCUAAUGCUGUCCUCGACGGAGCCGAUUGUGUCAUGCUUUCUGGGGAGACUGCAAAAGGAGAUUAUCCAGUCGAAGCUCUCAAAAUUAUGCAUUAUAUUUGUAAGGAAGCUGAGGCUGCUGUCUAUCACCGCAAAAUAUUUGAAGAACUUUUGAUGAACACUCCACGACCUACUGACAUGACACAAACUAUUGCAAUUGCGGCAACCAGUGCUGCUGCCAGCUGUCAUGCAUCUGCUAUUCUCCUAAUCACCACUACUGGACGAUCUGCAUUAUGCUGUUCUCGAUACAAAAGUCCGGUUCCUAUACUAACGAUCUCACGCAGUGCAGCUGUUUGUCGUCAGCUGCAUUUGUACCGAGGUGUUUUCCCGGUUCACUACGAUAAGCCGCGUCAUACUGACUGGCCCACUGAUGUUGACAACAGAAUCAACCAUGGUAUUGAAGUCGGCAAGGACAGAGGUUUCAUCCAUAGAGGAGAUUUUCUUGUGGUAAUCACAGGUUGGAGGCAGGGAGCUGGUUUCACGAACACAUUGCGAAUCAUCACUGCCUCUUGA